GAGCUUGGAAAUUGGUCGGCGCUGCUUCCAUUAUUGUGUGUUGGAAGCUCCAACUCGAUGGCGGCUUUUCGGAGAAUGAUUAGCUUCGGAUCGAACAGAACUUUGACUCCACCCUCUCUUCUCACUUUCCGCAGAGGAAUCGCUUUCAAGCUCUUCGUUGGAGGAUUGUCUGUGCACACGACGGAGAAAGGAUUGACAGAUGCUUUCUCUGAUUGCGGACAAGUAAUUGAAGCUAAAAUUAUAACAGACAGGGUAUCGGAGAGAUCUAAAGGGUUUGGGUUCGUCACCUUUGCUUCACGGGUUGAGGCUGCGAAUGCCAUUUCACAGAUGAAUGGGAAGGCACUAAAUGGCCGCGAUAUCUUUGUUGAUUAUGCGAAACCAACUUAUUUCAAGAGUACUGGAAUGCCCAUUGCAAGAGGACCCCCUGAACUCCCCACAGUUGAUAGUUGAUUUUCCAUAUGAGAUAUUGUAUUUGAUGCAGCUGAAUUGCCCACAAUAUUUUGCAGACCAUGUAGGUAGCAUAUGCAGAACUGAGUAUCUUUUAGGAUCAUGGAUGCACACAAUUACAACAAUUACAAGAAUUGCUCAGCAGAACAAAGUAAUAGGUGAAGGAUUUAUGUAAUAGAAUACUGGCGUUUGGAGAAUUUUUUGGCCGUUUUCUGUGUAGUAUACUGGCAGAGUAGCGUGGAUUUGCACGGUA